AAGAUGGCUGCUCCCAUGGUUCCGUGAGCGUGGGGCGGCUGCUGCAGGCUUUAUUCCCGCAGCCGCCGAGCUCGGGACAACGGCCACGCUGGUGGGAGGGAUACCCACCCCCACGGACUGCCAGGCCGAGCGAGGAGAUCACUGAUGCUUCCUGCCUCCCAGCCUUCUUUUCCUUUUUUCCUUUUUUUUGGACUUUGCAUUGUUUGCCUGGGUUUCGAUUUUUAAUUCGAUUUUAUUUUUUUUUCUUUCUCCUAUUUAAAUACCAAAAUCUGGGAAAUUUGCAAGCCCCCUCACCCCAAAGCUUAUGGCAGCCUUUAAAUGCCACAGCAAUAUGGUGCCUCCAGGGAAAAAGCCAGCUGGGGAAACUUCCAAUUCCAAUAAAAAAUGUAAGCGCUAUUUCAAUGAACACUGGAAGGAAGAAUUUACUUGGCUGGAGUUUGACUAUGAGAAGAAACUCAUGUUUUGCAUAGAGUGUCGGCAGGCACUGGUGAAGAAUAAGCACGGUAAAGCUGAGAAUGCCUUUACCAUGGGCACGGACAACUUCCAGCGCCAUGCACUGCUGCGGCACGUCACCUCCGGCGCCCAUCGUCAGGCGCUGGCAGUGAACCAGGAGCAACUGGCCUUCAAGACCCGUGUCCACAGCCAGCCAGAGCUGCGCUCGCUCAUCAAGGUGGAGGUGAACCCAGUGAAGGUGGCCAUCCUCACCACCAUCUACUGGAUGGCGAAGGAGGAGAUCCCAGAUGAGAAGUGCUCCUCCCUGAUCGACUUCCAGAAGUUCAACCUGUGCCAGACGCUGCUGGCCUCUGAGAACAGCGAGUACUACCACCCCAGGAGCAUCAAGGAGAUGCAGGCAGCGAUUGCCAAAGUCCUGCACAAUGAAGACAGGCACAGGAUAAAAACCUCACCGUUUGUCGGGUUGGUGGUGGACGAGAUGGUGGAUGUCCUAGAGCACCGCAGCCUGGCCAUGUUCACCACCACCGUCUCCCCCUGCAAUGGACAGACCUCUGCCAUCUUCCUGGGGAGCUUUGAGCUGCCUGCUGGGGAGGCCUCCACAUUGGCGGGCAAGGUGGGUGAGGUGAUGCACUCCUUUGGCAUCCCCACCAUGAAGAUCAUGUGGCUCAGCACUGACAGUGUCUCGCUGGUGGCUGAGCAGCUGAGCGGGAUGGGCACCACACUGACCUCCCUCUGCCCACUCCUCAUGGAGAUGCACUGCCUGUCCCAUGGCAGCUCCCUGCUGUCGGCUGACAGCAUCAUCAGCACUGAAUACCUCCAGAAAUAUGAGACCACCAUGGAUACUGUGUACAGGCUCUACUCCAGCUUCAGGGGGGAAAGCAAUGGCUUGCAGGAGCUGCAGAGCGUCCUGGACCUCUGUGGGAUAGACCUCAGGAGCCCCAAAGCCAUCUACUGGACUUCUGUUUUCCCAGCUGUGGAAGCCAUUGAUUCCUUGUGGCCCAUGCUGGUGCUGCUGCUGGAGAGUGAGGCAGAGCAGUCGCCUGUGGCCCAUGGUCUCUGCAAAGAGCUCAAGAAGUUCCAAUUUGUGGCCUUCACCAAGAUCCUCCUGGAUGUCCUCCCCAUCUUCCAGAAACUCAGUUGCCUCUUCCAGAUCGAGGACUUUGACCUCUCCAUCCUGAAGCCCAUCGUCUCUGCCACGGCUACCACCCUGCAGGCCCAGAAGAGUGCCAGCGGCCAGAACCUCCAGGAGUUCCUCAACGAGAUGAAGGAGCACCCGCGGGAUGACCGGGAGGGCGAGAGCCGCCUUUACUACAAGGGUAUCGAGCUGACCAACUGCUCCGAGGUGCACCUGAAACAUUUUGAGUGCCUGAAGGAGAGCUACCUGGAGACUAUGCGGGUCAACCUGCUGGACAAGUUUCCCAACAGCAUCCUGGAGGCCAUCAGCUCCUUCUCAGUCAUCUUCAAUCCUAAGUGCUACCCCCAGUCUUUGGAGGACAUUGGCAGCUAUGGGGUUAGUGAGCUGAAUUUCCUCCUGCAGACUUACUCCCGGGUGGUGGUGAGUGAGAGGGCCCUGAGAGAUUUCCCCGUCUUCAAGAAGAUUGUCUUCAGCCUCAGCCAGCUCUCCUUCAAGGACUUCUGCAUCAAGCUGGUCUACAGCAACUCUGAGAUGCAUGAGCUCUUCCCGGACUUUGCCAUUCUCGCGGCCAUCGCUUUGGCCUUGCCACUGGGCUCGGUCCUUGCCAAGAAGAUCAGCCGUGGCCGGGAGCUGCUGAAGUGCAGCCGGUCACAGCACACAAAGGAUGAGGGACUCUCUGACCUCAUGAAAAUUGCCAUUGAUGGGCCGGCCAUCAAUGAGUUUGACUUUGCAUUGGCCAUUGAAUACUACGAGAGCAUGAGGGAGUCUGGCUUCGUUGUGGCAUAGGUGAAACGAGAGGUGGCUGGUGAAGGCUGCGGGCAGCCCUGAGUGCUGGCUUGAUGCCACCUUUCCCCAUCGCUGGUCACUGCCAGGGCCAGGCAGCCACCAGUGGUUAGUGACCUACUCCAUACUGGGAAGAGGAAACGGGAUUCUUCACGAAACCAUGCUAGUCCCACAACCAUCCCUCCCUCAUCCCCAAAACAUCCAUCUGAAUUGACCAGAAUUUAAAAUAACCUGAAAUCCCAAAUUGUGAUGAGGAUUUGUCAUGAUUCAGGCCCAGUCUGAAUAUCCAGGACAGGAUUUUUUUUCAAGAGUUUGUUAUUAUUUUGUUUUAUGGAGAUGAAGGCAAAUCUUCUCUUGAGCUAAAGUGUUACACUGCCUUUGCACAAUGAUACUCAGCAGCUUUUAGUUAAUGCUCUGAAAAAAAAAAAAAAAAUCUGAUUUUUUUGUUGGUUUGAAGCCUUGAGAAUGAAUGCAGAAAAGGCAGCACAUCUUUCUAGCUCUGUGGCAAACCCCAAAAUGCCUGGUGGUGUCUUGUUGGCAUUCCUUGUGCACAGCACUGAGUAUUUUUAGCAGGGGCAUCAAGUCAUUUCAAGAGUUUUAGAGAAUGAUAUUGUAAUC